AUGACUCUAUCUAAAUCUACAAGCACUUCCCAAACGUCUGACCAAGACCUGUCGAUUCCGUCUUUUUUGGGAACAAGAGGUACAGCCCUUGGAAGACUUAUAACUAUAAUUUGCGGUGUUGGAUUCCUUUUAUUUGGCUAUGAUCAAGGCGUGAUGGGCUCGCUCCUCACUCUUAAACCAUUUAAUGAGACAUACACGCAAAUUGAUACAACUCUUCAUAAAGACGCGGCUACCCUUCAGGGAGCUGUAAUUGCAAUAUACGAAAUCGGAUGUUUACUUGGAGCCUUGUCUACAAUCUAUUUCGGUGAUGCGCUCGGCCGGUUGAAAGUAAUCUUCAUCGGUUCUAUUAUUAUGAUUGUUGGUGGAGCUCUCCAGGCUGGUUCCACGGAUGUUGCCUUUUUAGCAGUGUCUCGUGUCAUUUCAGGUGUUGGUAAUGGAUUCCUCACCUCCACAGUGCCAUUGUAUGCUGCCGAGUGCUCUAAAGCUCUGAGCAGAGGUAAAACUCUUUGUAUACAAGGGUGUUUGAUCACAUUCGGAAUCUGUGUGUCUUAUUGGAUUGACUUUGCAUUCUAUUUCACUGAAGAUUUGGGUGAGAUCUCUUUCAGAUUUCCCAUAGCCUUUCAGUGUGUUUUUCCCAUUAUUAUCAUAUUUUUUAUCUUCAGGUUACCUGAAUCUCCAAGAUGGCUCAUGGCCAAACACAGAGACGACGAAGCCAGAACAGUUUUCGCAGCUCUAUAUGACCUUCCCCGUGACCACUCUCUUGUAUCACAACAAAUGGAAGAAAUCAAGAUCAGUCUCAGUAUGGAGAAAAGCACAAGUCACAGUGCUUGGUUGAUGCUCAAGCAGGGCAGGCUCAGACAUUUUCAGAGAGUCAACUUGGCUGGCUGGGCUCAAGUUAUGCAGCAAAUUUGCGGGAUCAACUUGAUCACCUACUAUGCUGGAACGAUCUAUGAGUCGUACAUUGGGUUGAGCCCUUUCAACGCUAGAAUCGUUGCCGCAUGUAACGGAACGGAAUAUUUCUUAGCAUCUCUCAUUCCAAUUUUUAUAAUUGAGAAAGUCGGGCGAAGACCUCUCUUUAUUUGGGGUGCCGUUGGCCAGUUUUUGACAAUGUUAUUUUUGUACGUCAGUAUGGAGAUGUCGGAGCAAGGCCAUGAUGGCGGCUCAUAUGGAGCGGCAGUCUUGUUGUUUGUUUUCAACAGUAUCUUUGCCGUUUCAUAUUUAUCACUCACUUGGUUGUACCCACCCGAAAUCUCGUCACUUGAAGUUAGAGCUCCCACUACAGCCGUUUCCACUGCUUGCAAUUGGAGUUUCAAUUUUAUGGUUGUCAUGAUAACCCCAGUGUGUUUCAGUAACAUUCGUCACUACACGUACCUCAUCUUUGCUGCCAUCAACUUCUUGAUGGUACCUGUUGUGUUUCUUUUGUAUCCUGAGACAAAGGGUCGGACUUUGGAGGAAAUGGACAUGAUAUUCGCAAAAACGCCAGUUGACAAACCAUGGAUGUCAGUGAGAAUUGCCAAAGAAAUGCCCUUCGCUCAUAAAGAUGAUUCCGAAGAUUUCGAACAGUACAAAGCUUCUAUUAUGCACGAGGAGAUAGUUGAAGGUUCCUUGUUUGCUUCUGAGACGCCGCCAAAGUCGUACUAUUAA